AUGGCAGAAGUCGCGCCGGCUGCGCCCGUGGCGGCGGUUCCGGUUUCGAAGGCGAAGAGAGUGGCAGGCGCCGCCGCCGCGAAGGUGCAGCAGCGGAAGCCGGGCGGCCCCAGCGUGACGGAGCUGCUGAUGCAGGCGGUGGCGGCGUCCAAGGAGCGCGGCGGCAUCUCGUUGGCCGCGCUGAAGAAGUCGCUGGCUGCCUCGGGUUACGACGUGGAGAGGAACAACAGCCGCAUCAAACUGGGCCUGAAGAGCCUGGUGACCAAGGGGACGCUGCUGCAGACCAAGGGCACCGGCGCCUCAGGCUCCUUCAAGCUCAACAAGAAGCAGGCCGAGCCCAAGGUGAAGGCGGCGGCGGCGGCGGCGGCGGUCCGCAAGAGGAAGCAGCAGCAGCAGCCGGCCAGGAAGCCCGCCAAAAAGGCGAGGAAGGCUCCGGGAGCCGCCGGGCCGAAGAAAAGCCCUAAAAAGGCGGUCAAGAAAGCGCCCAAGGGCGUCAAGAAGCCCAAAGCGGCGGCGGCGGCUAAAGCGAAAAAGGCGGCUAAAAGCCCCGCCAAAGCCAGGGCGGCGAAACCCAAAGCGAAGCCCAAGACCCCUAAAGCGAAAGUGGCGAAGCCCAAGAAGGGCGUGAAGAAGUGA